AUAUUGAACGCAUACGUAUCGCGCUGUUAUCGCGGGCGUGGGAGAACGUCUGCAAGCUGGAAAAGCUCUAAAAGUAGCCUUGCAGCCUCCAGGACCAGUAGCACGGGUCAAAGUUGCAAGCGCAGACGCUCAGGCACCCUGCAACCCAAAAGGACCCAAAACGCAUCCUUGCAAAAGGCAAAGAUGACGCCCCUGCAGGAGGGCCUCCUCGGCACUAUCAUAAUCGCGAUAGCUAUAUGGAGUGAACCGCUCGCCAUCAAAAUAGGCUACCUCGACGAAGACUUCACGUCGCGGCUCUUCGACGCGGCCCCACCCGCGGAGACCUGGGGCACGAUGUUCGCGCCCGCGCGGGGCUUCGAGCGUUACAUUGCCUACGAGAUGUUAAGGGCAUUAGCGACGCACCUCGGCGCCUUUUAUUUACUCGGCGCCGUGCGCGACAAGUGGGCCGCGGCGAAGACGGCGGACAAGCGCCAAAUCCUGUCAAGGGGCGUCAUGAACGUGCUGUUUUUGGCGGCCUGCGGGUAUCGAGGCCUCAUGAUGUGGCGGGGCUGGUACGUCGAAGCGGGGUGGCCCUCGAUCCCGGCAGCUUUACAGCACGUCCACUCCGCAUUAACGGUGGGCUGCACCGCUACGGAGGGAAACUGGAUGACCUUCUGGAAGUCCAGUGAUGGUACCGGCUGCGCCCCUCUCAGAUUUGUGCCCCAGACGGCGCACGAGCGGUUAUAUGACUACGACGCCGACUUCCAAAGGUUAUCCGUGGUCAUGUUCGCCUUCCAGUGGAAGAAUUUGUUGGAUUCGGUCUAUUUCGACGACGGGUUGAUCUUUGUGAUCCACCACAGCGUGGUCAUUGUGGUGUCAUUAUUUGCGCUACACCCCUUCUCGCAUUUAUAUGGGUCCUUCUUCUUCGGCGUGUCCGAGGUGUCUACGACGGUGCUGGCUGUUGUCGCAUUAUUUGAUGCCGAGCACGGCGUCGAGGAGCUCGAGCGGGACUUUCCCAAUACACGGCUCGUGAUUGGUGGCGUUUUUGCCGUCUCAUUUUUCAUAGUACGCGGGAUCAUCUGGCCCUACCUCACGUACUUUUACUGUCGGGACGGCUUCCGCAUUUUGGAUAAUGACCCGGACAUCCACUCGCGGUUUUUGGUCAAGCUCUUCAUGGGCGGCCUUCUGACGCUCAGCGUGAUGCAGGUCAUCUGGCUCGGGCAGAUCGUGCUGAAAUUGCGGGAGGAGCUCGGGGGCAUGUUGUCGUCGUCGAAGGCGAAGGCGGCGUAGGGCGCGUAAGUAUGCUAUAGAGC